UAUCUGUAUUGCCCGUGAAUGGAAGAGAAUACCUCUCUGACUUUUCUCCAUGCAAUCUACGCUCCCUCUAUAUAACAUUACCUUGAACUAAUCUACUGAUCUUGAGAGUCCCUAGCUAACUUGCACAGAGAUAUCAGAGAUGGUCACCGGCCUCUCGUUUUGUGUUCCAUUUCUUUUGCUAUCGACAUGCUUACUUCAUCAAUGUUUGCACUACGAGGUGGCUGCUGCUGAUCCUCUUGUUGGGUCCAAUAGAGAAGCAUUGGAGAUAAUCAUAGGUGGUGGUGGAGGUGGCAAUUCUCCUGCUCCUUCUCCUGAAUAUGUAGACUGUCCUCCUCCCCCUCCUGAACCCGUUUGCCCCCCACCACCAUCGCCACCGCCGCCCCCAUCUCCACCGCCACCGCCACCCCCUCCAUCGCCACCUCCUCCAUCUCCAUCGCCACCGCCACCAUCGCCACCUCCUCCAUCGCCACCGCCACCAUCUCCACCACCACCGCAAUCGCGACUUGAACUAGUCAAACCCGUUCUUCGAAGAUUCCAAAGACUUGCUACCUCAGACCCAAAGGGCAUUUUCAAGACAUGGAAGGGCAACGAUAUAUGCAAGUGGAAGGGCUUAUUUUGUGACAAACGUCCGGACAUCAAUCAACGAGCUCUUGCUGCAGUGGACUUCAAUGGCUUCCUGCUUGGCCGUAAGGACGGCGGCGGGCUCCCUCUCUAUGACUUCAUGGAGAAGUUACCAGAUAUAACCGUGUUCCAUGCAAACUCCAACAAUUUCACCGGCGGCGUCCCCAAGAAGAUCAUGAACCUAAAGUACUUCUUUGAGCUUGAUCUUAGCAACAACAAGUUAUCCGGCGAGUUUCCAAUGGAAGUUCUUGCAGCCAAAAAAUUGACGUUCCUGGACCUCCGGUUUAACUCCUUGUAUGGCACAGUGCCACCUGGAGUGUUCAACCUAGACGUGGACGUGAUCUUCAUCAAUAACAACUUUUUUGUGCAAACGCUUCCUGACAAUCUUGGCUCCACACCAGCUCUUUAUCUCACUUUUGCCAACAACAAGUUCACGGGGCAAAUCCCACGAAGCAUUGGCACUGGCAAAACUUCAGAAAACCUCAUUGAGGUGCUCUUCUUGAACAACCAGCUCUCGGGAUGCUUGCCACCCGAGAUUGGCCGCUUGAAACGGGCAACCGUGUUUGAUGUGAGCAUUAACCGGUUGACAGGUCCAAUACCCCAGUCAUUUCAGUGCCUGACCAAAAUAGCAUUGCUUAAUUUGGCUCAGAACCAAUUCUAUGGGGCGAUCCCGGAGGCCAUCUGCAAGCUACCUGACUUGUCUAAAUUCACGUUAUCAUACAACUACAUCACCGAAGUCGGCCCCGAAUGCAGGAAGUUGAUAGGAAAGGGCAUUCUUGAUGUUCGAAUGAAUUGCAUUAUAGAUCUUCCAAAUCAGAAAUCAAAGAAGGAAUGUGCUAUUUUUUUCACCAAGACGGCCAAGUUCCACACCUGCCCCAACGAUAAGAUGUACCUGUCUUACAUUCCAUGCAAGAAUAAGUAUUAUUCAGGUUCGGAUCAUCAACCAACGGUUGCAGCCACUUCGCCAUUGUCCUAUGACGCUCUUACGCCGCAUGGGUCGUGAUUUUCAUGCUCUUUAAAUUGACUAGCUCGAUUAACGUCGAAGAUGGGGGUCAUCCGUCAUCGGGGGGCCAGCUUUGCUCUUUAGUAAUUAUGUGUGUCUAUAUAUAUAUAUAUUAUAUCAUUGUCAGUAAUUAAAAAACAAUAAGUUCAUGAAUAAGCAGUACUACUUUAAUUACGUAUCAUAAUUAUUUGGCAUCUUGAUCAUGAGCAGAUGCUAAAUUGUAUUCCUCGUGAGCAAUGUUUUCCGAUAAUGUAUGAAUGUGAUAUAAUUAGCUGGUAAAUGCCAUGGUUACGAUUC